AUCCUACAGAGCUCACUCGAAUAAAUAAGCCUGAAGAUUUUCACAAUUUAUUGAAAAAUAGCAAAGGAACAAAUUUAGUUGAAGGUAUUAUGAUAGACUUGUCUCAAAUUGGAGAUCUACACUUCAAUGCUGACACCUUUAAAAAUAUGCCUCAACUAAGGUUUCUUAAGUUUUAUGCUCCAUGGGAUGAAAAACAGUUGAAUGUGUACAUUCCCAUACCCCUGGAGCCGUUUUCUGCUAGACUCAAGUAUUUGGAGUGGAAUAGUUAUCCUCUGAAUUCUCUAUCAUCAAUGUUUUCUGUGGAGCAGCUUGUUGAGCUUAGGAUGCCAAACAGUCAAAUUUCUAAACUUUGGGAUGGAACGCAGGAACUUCCGAAUUUGAUAGUGCUUUACCUUUAUGGAUGUAAAAAGUUGGUAGAGCUUCCAGAUUUUAGUAAAGCAACAAAGCUUAAAACCAUAGAUCUUUGGAAUUGUGAAAAACUAUGUCAACUUCAUCCAUCUAUUUUGUCCAUCCAAACUCUUGAGGAAUUAUAUCUUACUGGUUGCACAAAAUUGAAGUGUGUCAAAAGCAAUUUGAAGUCUCUUAAAACAUUUUAUGCGUAUAAUUGUUUAAGCCUGGAGAAAUUUGCAGUGUCAUCAGAAAAACUGUCGGAUUUAGAUAUCUCUUUGUGGAGAAUUAAAAGUCUACCAAAUGAAAUAUGUAGCUUUUUUUCUCUUGAGUAUCUUUGUCUUAGUAAUUGCAGAAAGCUAAUUGAUCUCCCACGCAACAUAAAAGCUCAAUCAAGGUUAAGGGCUCUUGACGUAAGUGGUUGUAGUAGUCUUCGUGCUAUACCAGAACUUCCACCAUCUAUUGAAGAGCUUUAUGCUGUUGAUUGCACAUCACUUGAAACAAUAUUCAAUUUGAAGGCAGUAUUUAGUUUGAAUAGGAGAAAGAUCUCAUUUGCAAAUUGUGUGAGAUUGGAACAAGAGUCAGUGAAUGAUAUUAUGGAAGAUGCUCAUCUCACAAUAUUCAGAAAUGUUUUAUUGUUGUCAGCAGAUCCAGAUCAGAUGAUAAAUUAUUAUUAUUAUCAUAAAAUGUUAGGUUGUGUUUGUUAUCCUGGGUACAAAGUUCCAAAGUGGUUCGGAUGUGAAACAAGAGGAGCAUCCAUAAUAAUUGAACUUCAUCAACCUUACUACGAGUUGUUGGGUUUCUUCUUCUGUUGUGUUAUUUCUCAAAACUUACCUUCUUAUUAUUUUGAAGAAUUGGAUCUUGUCAAUAUCAAGUGUGAAUACCGCCACUUCGGAGAUGGCGUAAAGGACACAUUUGUAAGUAAAAAUCUAAACUUUGUUUCUAAACGACGAUGUAGCUGUGAUCAUGUUUUAAUAUGGACUGAUCCAUUUGGUAGUGAAAACAUAUUGGGUGAAAUUGAGAGGUGCAGACUCAGAGGUGGCAGUGAUGAUGAUGAUAGCACUUGCAACCAAAAGAUGUCAUUCAGAUUCAGUAUUGAUAGACCUAAGAGAGGGAAGAGAGUCCAAAUAAGGAGAGAAAAUGAUGAAGAUUGUUUUAUCAAAGGGUGUGGGGUUAUUCCAAUGUAUGCCUCAACUCUCUUGGAUGCCAUUCAAAAUCUUGAAUUGGAGUUCAACUUGAAGCCUCAUCAUAACCCCAUCCCAGGGAUAAAUCUGGACGAAGUAAGAAGUAUGAUGAUCCGGAAGAGCAAAGGAAAAUCAAAAUUCCACUGAGAUCACUUGCUGUAUGAAUAUGAAAUUGAAAGAAAAUUCUUGAUCAACUUAUGACAAA